AUGGGAAGUAUUUGUGGAACAAUCCCAAGAAAAAACUAAAUUGUGUCUAUGAAAACAAGAAAUAGUGAUUAAGUGUUUACUUCAACUGAAGACAUUUAAAAAAUAUACAUUUUUGGUAAAGUGCUUGGUGUUGGUUCAUUUGGAAAAGUAAUUGCAGCAAAAAUGAAGAGCAAUCCAUUAAAAAGAUAUGCAAUAAAGAUUAUUGAGAAGAGAAAAGUUAAAGGGAGAGAGGAUAUUUUAGCAAAUGAAAUUUACAUUUUGUAGAAGUUAGAUCAUCCUAAUAUUAUAAAAUUUCAUGAAGUAUAUUAAAAUAGGGUAAAUUUCUAUAUAUGUAUGGAUUAUUGUUAAGGAGGAGAAUUAGUUGAUUGGAUUCCAAAAAAGUAUAAGAAUUUUCAUGAAAGCAAUAUUUAAGAAAUAAUGAGAAAAGUAUGUAAAUUUAUAUAAAUAGAUCAUAUCAGCAGUAGCUUAUAUACAUGAUGAAGGAAUAGUACACAGAGAUAUUAAAGCUGAAAAUAUUAUGAUAACUUCUAAAAAAGAUGAUGCUGAACCUAAAUUAAUAGAUUUUGGAUUAGCAAAUAAAUUUGAUAGCACAAAGUUACGACGAUUGAAAUCAUUUGUAGGAACUCCAAUGUAUAUGGCACCAGAAGUUAUUUAAGGAAAAUACGAUGAAAAAUGUGAUAUUUGGUCUUUAGGAGUUCUACUUUUUACUUUGCUUUCAGGUCAUAUGCCAUUUCAUGGAGAAACUAAAGAAGAAUUGUAUGAUAAUAUAUAAAGAUCUAAUGUAUUUUUCAAUAUUUUAUUAGAUUGGAUUUGAUGCUCAUUAAUGGAAAUUUGUGACCAGUGAAGCAAAAGACAUUAUUAGAAGAAUGCUUUAGAAAAGUCCUUAAUUACGUCCAUCAGCAAAAACAUUAUUAAGACAUGAUUGGUUUAAGAAAAAGUUAUAAUAAAGUGAAAAGAUAAUGCAAGAUUAACAAUUAAAAAAUUAAAUUUCAUAAUCACCUUCUAGUUUAGACAAUAGAUCUAUAUAUGAAAUGCUUAAAUAAAACUCUUCUAAAGGAGGAAGCAAAUUUAGAAAAGAAGUUAUGACUUUACUAGUAAAAUAAUUAAAUGAAUAAGAAUUACACAAUUUAAGAGAAAAAUUUAAAUAAAUUGAUAUAGAUAAUUCAGGUACAAUUACUAUUUUUGAGUUACAUAAUGCCUUAAUUGCUGAAGUAAAAAUUAGAAUUUAUCAAAGGGAUCAUCUGUUAGCUAUGAUGAAAUAGAAAAAUUGAUAUCAAAUCUAACUCCAAAACAUAAUUAAGGUUUAGAGCAUAAAAAAAAAUCAAGACCUUCUUUAGAAUUAAAAUAUAGUGAAUUCUUAGCAUCAUGUAUUGAUGAAAGAAAAUUCCUUACAAGAGAAAAAGUAAUAUUUCAAUUUAAUUUAGUUAUGGUCUUUAUUUAAAUUUUUUGACACUGAUAAUUCUAAUUUUAUUACAAAAGAUGAUAUUAAAGAAGCUUUUGCAAGAAAUUCAAAGUCUUUUACAGAUGAAUAAAUUGAUGAAAUGAUUGCUGAAAUUGAUCCAAAUCAUGAUAAUAAAAUAAGUUUUGAAGAAUUUUGUUAAAUGUUUGAUAAUGCAGGAAUUUAUUAAAAUUUAGCUGAUGAUGAAGAGUUAGCAGAUUGA